AGCUCAUUCGUUACCGGUACGGAUUUCAGAGUUGAUGGUGGUCUAGCCUCGGCUUAUGUGACACCUGAAGGAGAGCCGAAAGGCAUUGUACCUAUCAACUUCACCGACGCCUGAUAGCUAAUGUCAUGCGCUCGCUGUUAAUGCAUCUCUUUUUACUUUUAAAAAGAUACAUGCAAAAAAGAAUUUUUCUUCUUACAUUCUAAGUGAUAUCCUUUACGUUGGCAAAUAAAACUCAGAUCAAGGCUCCUUUUUGACAGAAAGAAGCUGUGCAUAAAAAACUUAAUUCUGAUCUUACCUUUACCAUGAGCGAAACACUCGAAUCUGAAAAGAUCAACUCGAUUGGUAUUACUUGUAAAGACGUAGAAAACUGUGCUUUUAGCAACUGGUACCCCAAGUUUAAAAGCCACACUUUUAAGUCAAGGAUCUAUAAUUUGAGCAAUGAGUUUGUCGAAUACUUGAAUGCAGGAGAUGGGAUAUAUUUAGUGGAAGAUGGCCAACCCAAAGCUGCAAAUAUUGAGGAAAUAGACUCUGAUACUGAAGAGACUGUCUUUUCAGAGUCUGAACAUUCCCAAAAGACACCUAAUUUCCCCGAAGUAGAACAAUUUAUUCGAGAAACUAUCGUUGAGUAUGAAGGUGCUGUUUUUCCCAAGUUAAACUGGACGUCGCCACGAGACGCCGCUUGGAUAUCAGCAACACAAUCUUUAAAAUGCACUUCUCCUUUCGACGUCUUCUUAUUACUAAAGUCCUCGGACUUCAUUUACCACGACUUGAACCAUGCGUAUGAGCAUUGUGUCGACAAAGAUGAACAUGAAGAACAUCAACAGCAGUUUACACUUGUCCUUAGAAAGUGGUAUGACCUACAACCAUCGAUGGAAUUCAGAUGCUUUGUUAAAAACCGUGAAAUCAUCGGUAUCACACAGAGAGAUACCUACUUUUAUCCCUUCUUAUUGGAUAUGAAGCAAGAUAUUGAACAGCUAAUCUACCAGUUUUUUGAAGAUACAAUUCGAGAAGAGUUCGAAUGCAAUCACUAUACAUUUGAUAUUUACGUUGAGCGCAAAAAGGAUAAGGUCUAUCUUGUAGAUUUUAAUCCAUUCAGUCCAGCAACAGACAGUUUACUAUAUCACUGGAAUGAACUGAUGACAUUCGAUAUUGAAAAAGAAACACCUGACAUCCGUAUUAUUGAAUCGCAAGCAGAAUCUGAUUCUUUGGCGUGCAAUGCACCUAAAUUUGCAACAAAUAUGAUACCGAAGGACGUUAUUGAUUUAUCAUCAGGGAAGUCAAUCGCAGAAUUCGCAGAGGAAUUUGAGAAAGCAAUGCGUAAGGCAGAGAGUGGGGAAUGUAGCAGUGAUAGUGAAGCUGAUGAAGAAUAAAAAAGCUCUUGAUCACUAUAUUUACCUAUGACGAAUUUUUGUUCACCUGACAGUUUUGUAUGUUUGUGUGUGUGUGUGUGACAAAGUAGAGUUUGUUGUUCUUUUCUUUUUGUUUUAAUACAGUUCUUCUAUUGUUCUCUUCUUUAUACUGUUACUUCUUCUUUGAUUAUUACUUGUAUACUACAAAUCCCUAGAAAAUCUA